CUUCCUCGACUACAAUAAACCCGCGCUACCACUGUGCAAAUGAGACCAGAGCACAAAUGUAUCAUUUUGGCAGGGUGAGAAUCCUUCCACGGUUUGCUCGUAGUUAUUCUACGGCAAAGUCAGUACCUCAAAAUGUUACUGAAAAGAUCGUUCAAAAGUUUGCCAAGGAUCUUCCCGCUGACAAAUAUGUCCGUUCUGGUGACUAUGUCACCAUCAAGCCCAAACACUGCAUGUCCCAUGACAAUUCAUGGCCUGUGGCAUUGAAGUUCAUGGGCAUUGGUGCCAAAAAGAUUUUUGACAAUCGCCAGGUCGUAAUGACCCUUGACCAUGACGUUCAAAACAAGAGCGAAAAAAAUCUGCGCAAAUACGAGAGUAUUCGCAAGUUUGCUGAACAACAGGGAACUGACUUCUAUCCUGCCGGACGUGGUAUCGGCCAUCAAAUUAUGGUCGAGGAGGGUUAUGCUGUGCCCAACAGCAUGGCCGUCGCCAGUGAUUCUCAUUCUAACACCUAUGGUGGUAUUGGUUGUCUUGGUACGCCUAUUGUGCGUACAGAUGCUGCCGCUAUUUGGGCUACUGGUCAAACUUGGUGGCAGAUUCCUCCUGUCGCUCGUGUAGAGCUUGUUGGAAAGUUGCCUGAAGGUCUUUCCGGUAAAGAUGUCAUUGUGAGUUUGUGCGGUGCGUUCAACCACGAUGAGGUAUUGAACCAUGCUGUCGAAUUCUCCGGCGAGGGCGUUUCGACGCUUGGCGUCGAUUCUCGUUUGACAAUCGCAAACAUGACCACUGAGUGGGGUGCUUUGUCUGGUCUCUUCCCUGUUGACAUCAAGGUACUUGAGUGGUACGAACGUCGUCUUCGUGCUGUUGGACCCAACCACCCUCGCAUCACCAAGGGAUUGUUGGAGUCCAUUGAAAAGAACAUUCUUCGUCCUGACGCUGGUGCUGCUUACGCCAAAAACCUUGUCCUCGACUUGAGUAGUUUGAGACCUUGUGUCGCUGGUCCCAACUCUGUCAAGAUUUUCAACCCAGCACACGAACUCGAAAAGAAAAACAUCAAGGUAAACAAAGCGUACCUUGUUUCCUGUACUAAUGCCCGUGCAUCUGACAUUCACGAGGCCGCAAAGGUCGUUCGUGGAAAGAAGAUUGCACCCGGUGUUGAGUUUUACGUUGGUGCUGCUUCUACCAUUGUUCAGGAGGAAGCCAAAAAGAAUGGUGACUGGCAAGCGCUCCUUGAUGCGGGUGCCAUUCCCUUACCCAAUGGUUGUGGCCCCUGCAUCGGUUUGGGUGCUGGUCUGCUGAAGGACGGCGAAGUGGGUAUUAGUGCUACGAACCGUAACUUCAAGGGUCGUAUGGGUAGCCGCGAGUCUCUUGCUUACCUCGCCUCUCCUGCUGUUGUUGCUGCCUCAGCUGUUGCUGGUAAAAUUGCCUCUCUCCCUGGACUUGAAGAAGUCAAGGGUGAGGUUGUUAAGUCUAUCUCUGAUGCCUCUUCUUCUGCUGGUUCAAGCAAUGCUGUCCCCUCUAAGACUGAAAUUCUUGACGGUUUCCCUGAGGUGGUUUCCGGUGAGAUUGUUUUCUGUGAUGCCGAUAACUUGAAUACCGAUGGUAUUUAUCCCGGCAAGUACACAUACCGUGAAGAUUUGACAAAGGAGGAUAUGGCUAAGGUUUGCAUGGAAAAUUACGAUCAAAAGUUUGGUCAAAUUACCAAGCCCGGUGACAUUCUUGUGAGUGGUUUCAACUUUGGCUGUGGUAGCAGCAGAGAACAAGCCGCUACAGCCAUUUUGUCUAGAGGCAUACCUCUUGUUGUCGGUGGUUCUUUCAGUGACAUUUUCAAGAGAAACUCUAUCAACAAUGCUCUUCUUGCUCUUCAACUCCCUGAACUUGUCUCCAAGCUUCGCGACGCAUUUAAGUCUAACAACGACCCCACUGUCCGUACCGGUUGGAAGCUUGAAUGGAAUGUUCGCGAUAGCACCAUCACCGUAACGAACACUGAAAACAAGGUUUGGACAUGGACUGUUGGCCAACUUGGUGAAUCCGUCCAAAGUCUUUUCAUCAGAGGCGGCCUUGAGGGCUGGGUGAAGCAUCAAAUCUCCGCCUAAAACUUAAUUAUUUAAAAAACACUUAAUCUUUUUGAUACCUAUCUUGCUAGACUUCCCCUUUUUGAAGUAAAUAGAAAUUGCUCUG